AUGGCCAAUCCAGCUGUAGCCCUCUUCGAGGCCAUGUCGCUUGCCACCUCACUUCCAGCAACAUUUAUUUCCAUCGUGGAAUGUUUCGAAUAUGUGGAGCUUGGUCGGCGUUUCGGCAAAGAUUUCAACAAGUGUCAGGCCCGUCUAGAAGCACUAAAACUACAAAUCACAAGAUGGGGGAUCUCCAGUGGCGUGCUGCCUGACCCGGAGACAGGAAAACAGAGAGUCGUCAGCUUUGACGCGCAUACGACUGAGACCGCGCAGAAGCUCCUUGACUUUAUCCUGGCAGAUACCAGAGAGUUGGAGAACAAAUCUAGGAAAUAUUGUGAUCAACCAGGAGUCACGAGUGAAAUAAAUUCAAUGCAACCGGACCUGAUCGACGAACCGACCCAAGCCUUAAAAUCGAUAACAAGCAAAAUAUUUUCUCGGCGUAUUCAAGGCGUGGCAUUGCAGAAAAAGACGACAUGGGCUUUGCGCGAUAAAAAACAAUUUGACAGACUUCUUGAAGAUAUUACUGAGAAUCUGAAUCUUCUGGUAUUGAUGCAGCAAGUCACCGAGCCUCAACGUGAGCUCUGCCGCAUGGAAGUGGAAGAAAUCCAAGAUGGUCAGCCCCUCGUUGUCCUGGAUCUACUCCAUGACGCUUCACAGGCCAAUACCGAUAACCUAUUGGAGCAAGCUUUACAAAGGGCUAUUAGCAAUAUAGACCCUGGCCAUAGUUGGGAACGAACAGAGGUAGACGAUGAUGUCAAGUUACAGCAGGGCGAUCGCAUUGCGAAUGGUUUCAGGGGCCAAGUACUAGGGAAUAGGGGUAAUCAUAAAUUUGGGGUAACGAUUUGGAAAGGGCCGCUCAGAUAUUCAUCAGGGAGAUUCUUAUGGAACGGCAUAGAUACAGUAGCGCCAUAG